AUGUCGGAUUCCUCCUCUUCAGAUUCGAGUUCCUCAUCUGAAGAGAAGAAGAAAAAGAAGAAGAAGGACAAGAAGAAAGAGAAGAAGAAGAAGGACAAGAAGAAGGACAAGAAGAAAAAGAAGGACCCGGGAAGCGGGCACGCUUAUGGCAAUCUCCUCAGUGGAUCUCAGUGGAGGGAGAAGGCCCGUUUAGAAGCCCAGCAGCGCCUCAUGGGCAUCGACACCAACAAAAAGCCCAAGAAGAAGAAAAAGAAGCCCCUCGGCAGGGCAUUUUCUCAGACAGUCGGGCCGGCAAGAGUUGCCGAUGAAGGUCAGAACAUGAUCGCGCGAACUUUGCUCCAGAUGCUGCAACGCACCGUGCAUUUGAGACAAGCAGAAGCCUCUGGGACGGCCUAUGCAAGGUUUCACUUUCUGAACAGCCACCUGGGCUCGGUGGCAGAAUCGACGUUUGUGAAGACGGAUCGCUUGGAGGAUCAGACGCUGAAGCGGGAAGUGGAGCUCGCUGAGGAGGCUGAGAAGGCUGCAGAGCCAGUACCGGAGAAGUCAUGGGAGGAGAUGACCUGGUCUGAGCGAGCGGCUGCUGCCGCGCAGAAGGCGGAGGCAGAGGCGAUCUGGAAAGGUGCAUCGAAAGCCGACGCUCGGAGAGUGGCUGCCCGGGCGAGUGACGAAGUGCUGCUGAAAGCGGCGGAUGACGGCUUCGUGCAAACGCUGCCGCAGCGGGCCAGGUUCAACGCCGCCACAGGGACGGUCUCUCGCGGCGGAUAG